AUGGCUUCAGAACAGGAGCUUUCGACUUCGUUCAUUCCAGCCCUGUAUAAGCCGGCUGCUCUGCUACCUAUUGCACGGCAUAAAAAAAGUUUGCUCUAUCUGGUCGAGAGGUAUCCUGUCACUAUUGUGGUAGGCCAAACAGGUAGCGGGAAAACAACUCAGCUUCCGCAGUACCUAGACCAAGCAGGAUGGUGCGAGAAUGGAAAGACGAUCGCUGUUACUCAGGUAGGUAUGGACACAUUGAUGAUUACCAUUGGGCAGCGACUGACGUUAUCUCAGCCCCGGCGGGUAGCUGCUACAACGGUUGCAACCCGAGUAGCCGAAGAGAUGCGAUGUAAACUCGGCGAAGAGGUGGGCUACUCUAUCCGAUUCGAAGAUCUGACAUCUCCGGCGACAAAGAUCAAAUUCUUGACAGAUGGCAUGCUACUCAGAGAAGCCUUGGUGGAUCCUUUGCUUUCACGUUACUCAGUGAUCAUGGUUGACGAGGCACAUGAAAGAUCUCUGAGUACCGAUGUACUCCUUGGGACUCUAAAGAAGAUACGCAAGAAGCGCCCCGAACUUCGCAUCAUUGUCAGUAGUGCAACUCUUCAAGCAGAGGACUUUCUUCGGUUCUUCGCCGGCGAUGAGUACAAUGCUGGUGCAGACCCGGCUGAUUUGGGCGGAAGCGUUGGCCGGAUCAUCAGCCUGGAAGGACGAAUGUAUCCAGUUGACAUGUUGUUCCUUGAGUCUCCGGCUGAAGACUACAUAGAGCGAGCGGUCAAGACAAUUUUCGACAUCCAUACCCAAGAAGCAGAAGGCGACGUGCUUCUCUUUUUGACCGGCCGGGAAGAGAUUGAUACUGCCAUUCAGUUGAUAUCCGAGAGAGCGACAACUCUCCAUCCGAAAGCCUCAUCUUUGCUUCCGCUACCACUUUAUGCUGGGCUUACGACGGAGCAACAGAUGUACGUUUUCGAGCCUACUCCAGAAAAUACUCGGAAAAUCAUUGUCUCCACCAACAUUGCGGAAGCUUCAGUCACAAUCGAUGGCAUUGUUUACGUGAUUGAUUCCGGGUUUGCCAAGCUCAGAGCAUACAAUCCCAGCACUGGCAUUGAGACAUUGACCGCAGUGCCAAUAUCAAAAGCAUCCGCUACUCAGCGAGCUGGUCGUGCUGGAAGAACAAAGCCCGGGAAGUGCUUCCGACUGUACACUCAACAAGCCUUCGAACAAAUGGCGGACGCAACGAUACCUGAAAUCCAGCGGUCAAACCUCGCCCCAGUCAUUAUGCAACUCAAAGCACUGGGCAUCGACAAUAUCGUCCGGUUUGACUUUUUGACGCCUCCGCCGGCAGAACUUGUCAUCCGUGCAUUUGAGCUCCUCUCCUCACUUGGUGCAGUGGAUGACUAUGCCAAACUUACAAAACCUCUCGGAAUCCGAAUGGCAGAAAUUGCUCUUGAUCCUAUGAUGGCUAAGGUUCUGCUCGCCGCUCCAUCUUUCAACUGUUUAAGCGAAAUUCUCACAAUUGCGGCGAUGGUCAACCUUCAGGGGACGGUGUGGGUUCAGCAUGUGGGAGACAAGAGAUCUGCUGAGAGCAAUCGACGAAAGUUUGCCGUUGAGGAGGGCGAUCACUUGACAUACCUGAACGUAUAUCAAGCCUUCGUGACUAAGGGGAAAAAAGAGUCGAAAUGGUGUCGCGAUAAUCUCUUGAAUUACCGUGCCUUGGUACGUGCAGUGAGUAUCCGAGGUCAAUUGAAGCGAUACCUCGAGCGUUUCGGUAUUCAAGUCGACGAGACCCUUUCAUCCCACAAGGGCGCACUCGAUUUGAGCAACCAGCCUGAGCAGAUUCGACGGUGUCUUACGACAGGCUAUUUUGCUCAUGCAGCGAAGAUGCAACCGGAUGGAACAUUCAAGACUGUCAGCGGGGGUCUGACUCUUCAUGCCCAUCCCUCCUCGUUGAUGUUUAACCGAAAGGCCGAUUGGGUCAUAUUCCAUGAGAUCAUGCAAACCGGUGAAAAGACCUACAUUCGUGAUGUCACAAAGAUUGAGAAGAGUUAUCUCCUAGACUUCAACGGCCAAGUCAAUGUCCACUCGCUUCUCCUGUAUACGGUGCCUACAAUCGCUGCACCAAAGACUGUUAAGUUGUUCAAGAACCGCGAUGAUCUGGACUUCUCAACUGCAUCCGAGUUACACCCCACUCAGACUAUCGAGGUCCCACAGCCACAACCAGGCGCCGAUGUUUUUGAACUGCCAUUGAACCGUGCUCACUGGAACGCGACUACAUCUGUUACGCUCUUCUUUGAAGAUAAUUGGAGUGAUGGCGAGGAAGAUGUUACGAAAGUUGGGUAUGUAGGCUUCAAGGGCCAGUUUAUGAAGUUGACACGGGAGCCGGUCAACUUCCUCUAUGAGGCUGCGGCCAAUCCUCAGGAUCAUGUUUCGAUUCCUGGUGUUAGUGGCAUUGGGGGUAAGAUCAUGCCUGGGCAGUAG